UUUUCAACAAACACAAUUUAAUGAAAAUAAACAAUUGAAUGAAAAAUUUGAAAAAAUUCAAAAACAAUUUCAAAUUUUAAGAGAACAAUAUCAACAAGAAUGUUUUCGUCGAAAACGUCUAUCAUCACAUGUUUAUGAUCUUCUAUCUGUAAUUGAACAAAAUAUACCUGUUAUAUCAGAUGCUGAAAUACGAAUGCAACAACAAUUAGAAACAUAUCAAAUACAAAUAUAUUGUCUUAAAGAAAAUAUUCAACGUAUUCAACAAUUUAUAUUAUCAAAUCAAGAUCAAACAACAUUUGACAAUUUAUCUAUAGAAAAUAUUCAAAAUCUUGUUCAAAAUCAUCGAAAUCAAAUUGAUCAAAUGAAAAAAACAAUUACAAACCAUUCAAAUUAA